GCUCUUCGCUCCAAGUUCGUGAUCGGUGCGGAGAGAGAUGUCGUGGCAGCAGCGUAGGUGAAGUGUUCUUUGCCCUGCAAAUCUGGCCUGAUUUAUGAGAAGCGCCGGGCGUAAAAGCUGUAACGUGUCUCAUCCUGCCGCGCGAAGACGUCAAAGCAGUCAGUAGCCGUUUGAUCCCGUUAGCAGUAAAGCUCGCGGUUGCAUAACGCGAACAGCCCGGCUUGUUAUUCAUAAUAAACCAAUUUCCCACGUGCGAAAACUGCUGCACGUAGCCGGACGGCAUGCCAAAGCAUGGUACAAUACUGAUAAUAUGUCUGCCUUGGGACCAUUAACAUGAUUCAAUUCGACGACGCCGAUCGUUAUUGUUUACCAGAAGCGAGCGUAAUUAGUACAUUAGACGGUCUCAGACAUUAGCGCUCCUUUACGACCAGCGCGUGCACUCCGCGAGCUCAGUCGUACCGGUAUGCAGCCGGUGGGCUCUGGCGCGCGGGGGCCGCGGUUACGUAUGCGCGGACGACUGGGACGUCAGAGCGGAUAAAGCCACAGUGCUCGCGACGCCGAGCUUUUCUCUGCUCGAAGCAAGUAAAGAUCUUCCGUUUUGGGGACUAAUCGUAAAUCCCGUGGCGGGCAGUAACUGAGGUCGGGAAUGCGUUCAGGACCGCGGAAAGCGAUCGGUAGAAGCACGCUGCCCUACUGCCACGAGUCUUUCCAUAACCUGCAGGAACUGAGACAGAGUGCAUCUCUGGCCAAUAAAGUCUUCAUCCAGAGAGACUACUCUGAGGGCACAGUCUGCAAGUUCCACACCAAGCUCCCCUCUGAACUGGACAGCAGGAUUGAGAAAACUCUGUUUGAAGACACAGUGAAGACACUGAACAAUUACUAUGCAGAGGCAGAGAAGAUUGGAGGCCACGCCUACCUGGAGGGCUGCCUCGCCUGCAUCACCGCCUACCUCAUCUUUCUUUGCAUGGAGACACGCUAUGAAAAGGUCCUGAAAAAGAUCUCACGGUAUAUACAAGAGCAGAAUGAGAAGAUCUAUGCACCCAGAGGCCUACUCAUUACUGACCCUAUAGAGAGGGGGAUGAGAGUUAUUGAGAUCAGUAUCUAUGAAGACAGGAGCUCCAGUGGGUCCAGCACUAGCAGCAGCACCACCAGCAGCAGCGGACGAUGACACACACACACACACACACACACACACACACACACACACACACACACACUCAGACACACACACUUGCACGUUUUGUGUUUUGUCCUACACACAUGAAUAAACACUUCUCUCGUUUCUGACCAAACAACGUGUGACUGCAUACAAUGUGAGCUACCAAGCCAGACUGCGCAGAGCUACAUUUCAGACUCCUCCAGCUCCCCAACUUAUCACUAUGGCACACAGAGCAACAGGUGGUCUAGAUCUGCAGCGGCCAUGAGCCAGUCGCCAGCCUUCUUAAACACAGUCACAUAGACGUCCAUUGUACGGUUAUGCAAUGAUCCCAUCUAUUUCAGUGUUGCUGUAUGUAGCAGUCGGUAAGACCCAGAGCAGAGUGGAGAGUCUUCCACUGGGGAACGUGUUUGCACUUUUCCUUCCCAUUUUAAAAUGAUUUGUAAAACUAUUUUCAGAUGAGUGAACUAAAUAGAUAUGCAUUAAUCUAUGGAUGGUACAAUUUCACACAUCAGAAGCAAUACUGUAUCAGAGUAAGAAAGCUGAUUUUGGGUUUAUUUAUGAUGAGAGACAAAGCCAAAACAAAAUCUUCCAUCAGCAUUCUUACCCUUACACAUCGACCUCGCCUCUCCAUCUCAGCAUCUCAUCAUCUCAUGGACGUGAGUCUCCACUGCCAAUGCUGUGCCACUGUAGCCAAAAAGCCAAAGGCAAAACUGACCUCUGUGGUGUCAUGAUACUGCCACUAGCCAGAACCUCGUUAAACCAUCGUUAGUGAGCUUCCUUAACGAGAUAAUUGGCUCAUAUGUAUGCAAACAUAGGUUUUUCAUACAACUUGCACUCGCUAGAAUGUUAUGCUUGUUUGUUUUGUGUAACAAAGCUAAUAAAUACACAUCUUCUGGUU